UGAGAACGCUGCGUAGGAUGACUACACCCUUUAAAAUCUUGCGUGGGUUCCCAGAGGCAAAAAAUGUUCUACCGCAUGCAACAGGGUUCAAACUCUCUCACGGGGGAUUUUCAAUGGAAAACUCUCGCGUGCGUGCUAGAGAAACAGGGCGAGUUUGAGAAAUGCCGAAAGGGCAGCAUGCGAGAAAAGGCAAACUCUCUCUCUCUCUCUCUCUCUCUCUCUCUCUCUCUCUCUCUCUCUCUCUGUGGCAGCAGUUUCAGUUAAAAGGACACUUGAUGCCGUCGGUGGAUAAAGGAAAUGCCAGCAGUCUCUCUUGCCUACCAGGCUGCUUAUGAAAUCAAUGAAGAGCUUCACAUGAUUAAGGAUGAAAUUUGGUGUUUAAAUAACUGCACAUGUUGGUGCUGGUUUGCAAUUAUUGGGGGUACGUGGCUUGGAAUUCAAUGUCAGCUCACCAAGCUUCUUGCUUCUGGUGCUGAGGAUGAAGAACUUCGUAUUUGGGAUGUCUCAGAUCCUGCAGAGCCUUCAUACUUUCCUUCUCUUAAGGCAUUCAGCACAUAAGGCAGUCCUUGUGGUAUUGUGUUGUCGAGGUUUGGAAGAUUUGCUCUUGGUCAGUUUGCUCUGCCUCUUGCUCAUACUAUAAUGGGAAGAAGUAUGUCUCUAGUUGUUGGUUGAGAUAAAUGCAGGACCAGUCCUAUUAUUGCCAUAUACUCUUGUCUACCAUUUUUUUUUUUUUGCAACUGUUUGGAUCUGACUGUUUCAAAUUACAUUUACUAGAGAUAAUCUGCUUAGAGGGCCAUGGCUUCACUCACGAUGAUGGAGUUUCACCCAGACGGGUGUAGUCGGGCAUCUGGAAUGUUUGUUAUCAUUCAUUCAAUCAACGUUACACUUGCCUUGAUCUAUUCUAUUUUUUUCUUCUUUUUAGCUUUUUAAUCUUGAGCUAGAGCGUCAAUAAUCUAUUGAUUUCAUCAUUGCUUUUCGCAUACUUUUCCAUAAAUGUCUCACGACUAUCUAUGUUCGUCUAGAAUUGUCAUACGUGAACUUGAAUAUUUGACUUUAUCUGUUUUUUGCUAGAAUUUCUCAUAUGUGGACUUGAGUUUUUCUCUAUGUACAUGAACUGAAGUAUGUGUCUUUAGAACUGAUCAGACAAGACAUGUGAUAAGGCAUAUAUUUCUGUUUUCCAAAUUUC